GCAGCUGUGCUGCGUCCCUCGCCCACUCUGCUCGGGAAUUACCGAACACGGUGCUCACGAGAGUGAUAGGGCCAUGAGCUGAAGCAGGCCGUUUGAGUUUGUCUUCGGGGUUCUGAUUAGCCUGCCACCGGUCUCUCAGGAGUAACGAUAUCGAUCAGUUGACUAGCCAAUUCGGAACAGCAAGUCGCAGAUUCGUAAAGCCAGCGAGACCUCGCACGAAAUAUUACACACACACUGCUGUUGUUCUGUACGGUCUUUCAGCGAACAUGUCACAGCAGCCGCAGCAGCAGCUUGCCGGAGCGGUGGUGGUGCUAGCCUUGUCGAUCGUCACGCUCGCCGCCGUGCUUGCGGGCAUGGAGCGGGGUCGGUCACGGCGGCACGCGAAAGGGUGCUACCAUAGUCCACAUGCGGCGGUUACCCGAGAGGGCGCCAACACGGAGAGUUCCCCCGCGGCGCCUGCACUCGGGUCGACUGAGGAGGGAAAUGGAAAGGUCGUGGGGGUGGUGGAAGCGAGCACACCGCCCGGCGGUGGUGCUGCUGCAGGCGGGCGGACUUCUUCGGUUGCGGAGGGUUCGGCGGGCCGGCGGCUGGAAAUCCUGGUGCACAACAUCUCGCACAAGGAUAUGGUUCUGUCGCUCAGGAGGACGCGGGAGGCUGCCGCCGCGAUGCCUCGACGGCCUCCGACCGGGGAAGAGGCCAUGAGCAACGUCAUCGAUGCGGCCGACACGGCGCUCGCACGGCCGAAGUUCAGCCUCUUCAAGCGAUCGAGCGAACUUAUCCUGCACAAGCUGCAGGACAUGCGGGCGGCGGGCGGGAGCGAGCCGCCGCCGGCCGUGUGCCCGGUGUACCGCCGAGGGGAGCCCAGUUUAAGGUCCGGGCCGUCCUCUGCUCCACGAGAGAGCGUAUCCGUCGGGUUCGACCUGGACGACACGCCGAUACCGAUCUUCGACCUGGCCGGCUACCGCGUCCGCAGCGAGGACCUAGACCGCCUCGCGCCCGCCGCCGGCCGCCGGAGCUCCUCGAACCUCCUGCGCAAGGUCCUCAACAGGAGGGAUUCUUCUGGGCUGUUCCUGGUCGGCAGUGGCGGCGGCAGCGCCGGCGCCGGCGGUAGCGGCGGUGGCGGUGGAACCGGUAGAUUACUCCCCGUGCAAGAUCCCGGACGAAGGCAGCUGCUGCGGCAGCAGCAGCCCCAGCUGCAGCAGCUGAAGGAAGACGGGAGUGGGGACGGGGGAUGCGGCGGCGGCGGCAGCGGCGGCGGCGGCGGCGGCGGCGUGGGGGGGAAAGGCGAAGGGGAAGCGUUCAUCAGCGGGGUGUACUUCCCGCUGCUAUCCGUCCUCAUGCCCAAGUGGAUGGAGCUGCUGGCCGGGAGCGGGGACGACGUGGAUUCGUCCAAGACGGUGCUGCUCGUUAGCGGGGUGGGACAGCCCCGCAACGAGGAGCACCGCCUGGAGGACAACUCUACCGAGGUGACAGCGGUCCUGAUGGAGGCGUUCUUGAAGAGGCACUUCCCCAGCGUUCGCGUCGUACGAGUGCACUCCGACACGAAUAUUUUCAGGUAUGACGACAACAUCCGCUUCGUGAAGACGGAGCUGUUGCCCCUGCUCAACGCCGAGCGCAGCCAAAUGGCGGAGAAAUACGGAGAGGAUUGGCAGGACAUGAUGCACAUCACCAUGAGCUUCGCGGACGGUUCGCCGGCGCGCAUUUCCUCCAUCAACGCCGCCCUCCGGCACUUCAAGCCCUCCUUCAUCCACAUCUGGGAGCUGAAAACCUUCUGGCACGAGAAGGCUAUCUGCGAGGACGACGUGCACACCUUCGAGGACAUCGACAUGCAGCCCCCGAUGCCGGUCUCGGAAGUGGACGCUCCGACGGCCCUGAUCAUCGCCGAGAUGCAACGCCUCAGGGACGACCUGGAACGGGUUCUUGCGGCACCCCCCCGUGGAGCCGUGGUUGGUGGCGACGCUAGAGACGACCUGGCGACAUUCUGGCUGAGGAAGACGAAGAAGCCUGUUCUUGCGGUUCUCCUUGUGCAGAAGAAAGGAGGCCAGCCCCAGCUCUUCCGCGGAACAAACAUGGAGGCGAGUUUCAAUGCCCACGGGAUCGCUGUGCGCCGAGCGUAACGUGAUCGGCUCCGCCCUCACGUCCGACCUGAGCCUCCUCCGGAGAGACAUCAAGGCGGUUGCCGUGCUGUCCGUGGCCCACCUGGGCGGAUCUACCGCCUCUACCGCCACCGCCGCGGCUGCUGUUGUCAUGGAUGGAAGAAAAGAAGGCGCUUCGUUGCAUGGUAUCAAGGCUGUCGAUAGUGGCGGCGGGCAGAGCGGGCGGCUAGGGGCCGCCGGAUUGGGGUCAGCAGUGGGGUCUUCCGUAACAACGUCGUGCGCACCGUCGCCGCUUUCCCUGACGCCGGCGAUGAAGGUGUCCCCUAAGACCGCGUUGUUGCGGACGGAGACGGGGGGGGGGGCGGAGGACAAGGAACGGCUGGAGGGGGUUCGCCAGGCACUAUUCGCAGUGGCGUCCGAGACAAGUGCUUCGCCGGCGGGUACGCCAGCAGCAGCAGCAGCAGCACUCGAAGCAGCGGCAGCGGUAGCCGCGGAAGGACCACCCGAAAGGCCUGUUUUUUUGCGGCCGAGCUUGGACGGCACCAACCCCGAGAGCAACAGCAACAACAACGUGAUCGACAGUCGGCAGCAGCAGCAGC